UCUCUGCUGGCGUGAUUUGUGCGGGGCAGUGAUUGAAGCCAUGGAUUCGGGCGCCGCUGUGACGGGGCUCACAGACGGGACACAACGGCCGAGCGAAGCUACACGGCCGCCAUCCGCCAGUAUGGCAGAAGCAAGCAGUGGCAGCUGGCGCUUCUUCUGCUUGAAGAGCUGGAUGAUCUGGCCUUGCAGAGGAACGAAUUCGUCUCUAGCGCCGCUAUCAGUGCCUGCGAGAAAGGUAGCUGCUGGAGGAUUGCAGUGGCGCUGCUCGCAGCAUCAACUCAGGAUGUGAUCAGUUUCAAUGCCUGCAUCAGCGCCUGUGAGAAAGCAAGCCAGUGGCAGCACGCGCUGCACUUGCUGGGAGAGCUGAGCCAACGCCUGCGCCCCAGCGUCGUCUCAUGCAAUGCCGCGAUCAGUGCUUGCGUGGGCCACUGGGAGAAGGCCGUAUUUCUCCUUGCCCGACUUCCAUGUCUCAGCCUAAGGCCUACUGUCGUCAGCUUCAACGCCGCGGGCGCGGGAGGCGUCGCGUGGUUUCGGGCCCUGGCGCUGCUGCGCAGCUCCGCUGCCGCGGGGCUGAGGGCCACGACCAUCAGCGCCAACGGGGCGCUCAGCGCCUGCGACAGGCAGUGGUCACGGGCGCUGGCUUUGCUGUCGCAGUUCCGGGCCGAUCUGUUGGAGCCAGAUGUGAUCACCUUCAACGCUUGCGUCAGCGCCUGCGGAGGCGGCUGGGACAUGGCCCUUCACCUGCUCAGGGGCAUGGGGCGCCAAGUCUGUCGCGGCAACGUGGUGACCUACAACGCUGCCAUGAGCGCUGCAGAGAAAGCGCAGGAGUGGGCCAUGGCCCUCGCCUUGCUGCAGGAGUCCCGCGAGCAGAGUGUGGCAGAUGUGAUCAGCUACAAUGCCGCGAUCUCCGCCUGCGAGUGGCCGGGGCUGUGGCAGCUGGCACUGACGCUCUUGGAGUUGAGCCCACGAGGAAGCAUCAUCACCUACAGCGCUUGCAUGAGCGUGUGCGAGAAGGCUGGCAAAUGGCAGCAAGCCUUGCUGCUUUUGGAUGAGAUCCAUGACUUGCGGCUCCAAAGCAACGCCAUCGCCUACAAUGCCGCCAUUGCUGCGUGUCACGGCCUUCGCCUUUGGCGCCACGUGCUGCGGCUCUUCGACAAGUGCCGCGGGCGGGGCACCGUGGUGACACUGCACUGCGCCCUGGAUGCCAUCGAGAUGUCCCAGCUGGCCUGGGAGGCUCCUGAGCAGCUUGCGGCGCUGCAGCGGCAAGGCGCGCCCGACGCUUUGCCAGCCAUGGCGACCACUUGCGCAGUGAAUGCCGGGUGGCAGCUACUGGCAGACCUCUCCGAAUCGCUGCGCCUCUCCGUGGUCGCCUACGGCGCUGCGCUGGGGGCCUGCCAACGCUGCAGCCAGUGGCGACAGGCAUUGCAGCUGGUGGAAGAUCUGGGAAGGCUUCAGAUCCAGGCGGAUUCCUUGGCCUACAGCGCCGCCAUCAGCUGCUGCGGCACAGGGCGAGAGUGGCAGAGGUGUCUAGCACUGUUGGAGGAGCUUCACAACUCGCAGGUGCAGGCGGAGGUCAGCGCCUACAACGCGGCCAUCACCGGCUGUGAGAAGAGCCGGCGCUGGCAGCACGCCGUGCAGCUGCUGCGGCUGCUUCGAGACCGUGGCCUGCGCCCGAACGUGAUCACAUUCAGCGCCCUGGUUAGCGCCUGCAAGGAGGGCGAGUGGCAGCGUGCGCUGCUUAUGCUUUCUGAGAUGGAGAGGUGUAGCAUGUACAGCAACAUCGUGAGCAUCGGCGCGGCCAUGGGAGCCUGCUUGAGUGCUGGGCGCUGGCAGCAGGCAGUCGUGCUGUUCUCGCAGCUUCCUGCACGUCGCCUGGAGCGUAACGUGGUGACUUGCAAUGUGGCCAUCAGCGCAUGCGUGGCUGGAGCUCGCUGGGAAGAGGCCCUUGGGAUCUUUGCGGAGCUGCCGCAGUUGAUGCUGGAGAGGAAUAUCAUCAGCUAUGGCGCGGCGAUCAGUGCGGCGGAGCGGGGCGAAUGGCGGCUGGCUUCGAACUGGCUCGAAGACAUCGAGUUGCAGCAGUUGGAAGGCAACUUGGUGACUUGCAACGCCGUCGCGAGCAUCUGUGAGAAGCGCGGGGCCUGGCUUCAGGCUUCGCAGCUGCUGGAAAACGCCCAGCGGCGCUUGCAGGCAGACGUCAUCAGCUUCAGCUCCGGCAUCAGCGCCUGCGAGAAGUCCCGGCAGUGGGAGCGUGCGGUGGGCCUGCUGGAACAGCUCCGGGCCGCGCAGGUGCGGGAGAACGUGAUUGCCUGCAACGCAGCUGCGAGUGCCUGCGAGAACGCCGGCCUGUGGCAGGAAGACAUGGCCUUACUUCAGGAGCUGAUGGCCAGCCUGCAGCCCUCCGUGGUGAGCUUCUCAACCGUCGCCAGCGCCUGCGAGAAAGGCGGUCAGUGGCGUGAAGCUGCCGACUUGCUCACCCAACUUGUGCAGCACACGCUACAGGCAAACUUAAUCGCCUUCAACACGGUGCUGGCGGCAUCAAGGCUGGGCCCCUGGGCCUCUUCCUUGCAGCUUUUGGCCCGACUGGGUGCCUCGGCGAACACCGUGAGCUACGGCGCGGCGGUGGCGGCAGUGGCGGCGGGUGCCUGGGCUGCGGCGCUACGCGUUGUGUCCCAGAGCUUUGACAGGCGCCAGCAUAACCUGGAGGUCUACAACUCAGCACUAUCGGCCUGUGACGGGCCUAUCGCCCUUCGGUUGCUGGAAGAAAUGCAGGCUCUCAAUCAAGCUGUAGAAGUCAUGAGCUUCAUGAACACAACGCGACACGACUUGAGCAUGGCGAGUGUGACCAGAGCUGCCGGCACCGCGGAUGUGGUCGACUGCACCAAAGCUGUGGCUGCGUGCGACUGGCAAAGGGCGCAGAGCCUGUUUCGCCGCACAGCACACUGGCGCCUGCAGAAGGAUGCGGUGCUGUUCGGUGCCCUGGCUGCGCAACUUCGGCCCAGCUGGCGAACGUGCCUGGCGCUGGCGGAGGAGGCCCCGCCCAGUCCGGUGCUGCGGAACUGCGCGGUGAGCGCUUGUGCCUGGCACUGGGCGCUACACCUGAGCAAGGCCAUCGCUGUUGGCGGACCGCCGAAUGUGAUCACAUAUAGCGCCGCCAUCAGUGCAUGCGACACAGCUGGGGAAUGGCAACCAGCAGCUGUUUUGUUCAUACGCUUGGGUGAGGCACUUCUACGGCCGACUGGCAUAACUUUGAAUGCUGGAAUUUCCGCAGCAGCGCACUGCGGCUGGCAAGACUCCCUGAAGCUCUUGCAGCGUGCGGAGGUCCAGGGACUGGUGGAUCUGGUCGGGUACAAUGCCAGCAUCAGUGCCUGCGAGAAGAACCAGGAGUGGCGGUAUGCUCUCGCUUUGCUCGCCCGCGUGCAGGAAGCAAGGCUCGCCGCGAAUUUGAUCACCUGCAACUCCUGCAUCAGCGCUUGCGAGAAGUGCAGCCAAUGGGAGCGUGCAAUGCUUCUUCUGCAUGAGCUGCCAAAUCCAGAUGUCAUUAGUUUCAAUGCGGCGAUCAGCGCCUCUGGCAACCGCGGCCUUUGGCAACACGCGCUGCACCUCCUGGCCCUCUUGGCGCAGCGGCAUCUGUGGCCAGAUGUGGUCACCUACAACGCCGCCAUCAGCAGCUGCGAGAGGAGUGGACAAUGGCCUUUAGCCCUGCUGCUGUUGGAAGACGCCGAGGAAGCCGGAGAAAGCAGCGUGAUUUCGUACAACGCGACCAUCAGUGCCUGCGAAAGCGGUGGGCAGUGGCAACAUGCCACGCUGCUUCUUCGGGGCCUUGAGGAGCGCCGCUGGGUGGAUCUAGUGAGCUACUGCACUUCAGUGAGCGCUUGUGGCAAAGCCCAGCAGUGGCAGCAGGCCGUUUCCUGCCUGCAGCGCCUGAAGACUCGAGGCCUCCGCCUCGGCCUCCGCGGCCUCGCGGUUGCUGCGCCCUGGCGCCAGAGCUGCGGGCUGUUGCACACCGCCCAGGCUUCAAAGUUAAGCCCGGACACGGCCAUGUACGUUGAAGCCACGACAUCCUGUGAGCAAGGAGGCCUGGUGGUGUUGCCGCAUCUGCUGGAGCUGACGCAGCAGCAGGCAAUAGAAGCGGUGGCAAAAGGUAUGCGCGGAUGGCAGGAGGCGCUGCAUUUCCUCUCGGAGCUGCAGCUAUGUCGGCUGGAAGCGAGCCUUCAGAGCUGCACCUCUACCAUGGGCAGCUGCCAGAAGCAGAGCCGCUGGCCAUACGCGCUGCUGCUGCUGCGGGCGUGGUCAAAAGCGGACCUGGACGCGGUGGCCUACAGCACGGGCGUUGCCUCGGGCGGCCGCUGGCGCAAUGCUCUUCAGAUUCUGGAGUACAAGCGCCAGAGCCAGACGGGGGAAGUCAUGGUCUACAACAGCGCCAUCAGCGCCUGCGAGAAGAAGGGCAAGUGGACGGCAGCGCUGGCCCUGCUUCAGAAGCUGCAAGAUGAGGAGCGCCCGGACGUCAUCUCCCACAAUGCGGCCCUCAGCGCCGUGGGGCGUUCCGGCCUCUGGCGCAAAGCGGCGCUGCACUUGGCUGGGCUCUCGCUGCAGGCAGACAUCAUUACCUUUGAUGCGGCAAUGACUGCUUGUGAAAAAGGUGGCCGCUGGCGGCAAGCCGUGCAGCACCUGGGGGAGCUCCAGUGCCGGGCGCUGAGGCCCCAGACCAUCACCUUCAACGUGGCCAUCUCUGCCCAGCCCUGGGCCUGGGGUGCUCUCCUCCUUGAGAGACUGGAGGUCUUGGCACUGCGGCGGAGCAUCAUCACCUACAACGCAGCCACGGCAGGGCCGUGGCGCAGUGCACUGUGGAUCCAGCAGCUGCAGCGACGGCAAGUGCAGAGCAAUGUGGUGGGCUGCUGCGCUUCUAUCAGCGCGUGUGAGAAGGAGGGGCAGUGGCAGUUUGCUCUCCUCCUCUUGGCGGAGCUGGGUGCGAGCCGCAUGCAAGCCAACUUGAUUGUGUUCAAUGCUGCUAUCAGUGCCUGUGCCAAGAGCAGCCAGUGGCAAAUGGCGCUGAGCCUCUUCCAGCGGCUGACUCCAGACGCGCUGAGCUUCAGCGCGGUCUUGGGGGCUCUUUGCGGAGGCAGUGAGUGGCGGCGAGCGCUGCUGCAGUUGGAUUCCUCUUUGUGCUGCCUGGAGGCGGCCUCCACGCUGCCCCUGCGCUGGCGCCAGGCUCUGCUGCUGACCGCGGAGCUGCGGGAGCGCUUGGGGCGCCCCAGCCUCCUGGCCUCCGCGGUGUUGCUAGGCGCCUGCGCACACGCCGAAGCGUGGCAGAGAGCGCUGCACAGCGGAAUCGCAGGCAACGCUAUCACCAGCAACGCGGUGAUCGCCGCCUGCACCAAGGCGGGCCGCUGGCACCGGGCGCUGGUGCUCUUUGAGGCGACAGAGGCUCCAGAUGCGACAACAUUUCAGGACGCGGCCAACGCCUGCGAGACAGGUGGGGCCACCGCGCUGGGGGCCUUGCUGGGGCGUUUGCAGCGCCUCGCGCUAGCAGCGCUGCAGGUGCCGAGCUCCUCUCGGUGA